GCUCCACCAGGAAGGAACCUCCCCAAACAACCACGGUAAUAAGCUGCUCCGCCACUGCGCAACGAUGGAGCUAUCGCAACGAUGGAGAUGACGCAAACCGACCCAGCUCUCCGAAAAAGUGUUUCAAGACGAACAUGGCGGCAACUUAACCGCGGUCCAAGAUGACAAUGGCCAACGGGAGAAAGGAUUCUAGGCUUUCCGCCCAAGCACCGGACAGUGUGCGUGCAUCGAAAGGGCUCGUUGCUCUCCUUUAAGUCAAUCUGCAAAGCGAACGGCGGCAGACGCGCAGCAUCAGCACCGAGAGGCUCGCAACAGCUGGUCUCCCUGCGCCCCCGACGAGAGAACAAACCCGGGGAGGGACGGUAGGGAGAGGGGGGCAUGCGGUCAAAGAGGACGCCGUUUCCCCCCGGAGAGCCAUGGAGAACCGGGAUGCGGCAGCGCGAAGCUUAAUCUGUGCGGGCGCGCUAAUUGGAUCGGAAUAGCACCGAUUGCUGCGGGCGCGAUAGAGAAGCGCCCUGGACCGGCGGAGGCACGGCACCCCACCGUUACAGAGGAGAACCAACCGGAGUCCGUCUCCCCCCAAGUCAAUGAGUAUUGUGGCAGAGCAGCCCCCGCGGUGGAGUCGGCCAGGGCAGCACUUUCCUAAAAUAUGACCAGGGGUGCUUGGAUGCGUCGGCAGCAUGAUGAGGGCUUAAAAUACUGGUUUGCACCCCGAGAGAACGAGAAGCCAUUUACCGAGUCGGAGCGGGCCCAGAGAUGGCGACUGUCGCUGGCCUCUCUGCUGUUCAUCACCGUCCUGCUCUCUGAUCACUUGUGGUUCUGCGCCGAGGCGAAACUGACGCGAACCCGAGACAAGCGGUCGGACGAGGGGCUUGCAUACACGGACAUGGGCGAGUACCCAAACUCCCUCCACCGACACCAUAUCCCAACAUCACCUGACCCCAACCGCCUCGCCAGAGAGGAAGAUGUUAUUUUUAUAGGGAAUUCUACCAAACCUCUGUGGCGAAUGGACACCUGUCAUCCAGACAGCCUGUCCAAAGACUGCUUUACUUUCACGGACGCGAAGACCGUGUGCCGGGGCCUCUCCGGUGGAGGGGAAAAGGGGACACAGUUGGCGUACGUGAAUCUGAGCGAUUUGUACCUUUCUUUUUGUAAUUCCUACUCACUUUUGGAUUUGUUUUACGGGUUUACGAGUCCGGACGUUGUGAAUUGCACCCUGGAUAUGCCCAUGGGGGCGGAUGAAUGCACCGAGUGUGUUCGGGCUUAUCAGCUUCUUGACCAGCAGGCGGAGGAAAUCUACCGGGAGUUUGAACUGCUGGUUCAGAAAUAUGAGACGGAUGCAUACUCGGUUAGGACGUGCAUGGAGGAAUGCAAGAUGGUUUAUAAGCCCUGGCUGUGUUCUCAGUACUUCCAGACCACCCAGAUGCACUGCAGUAAGCGAAUCCCCUGUGGUCAGUACUGCCUGGAGGUGCAGCAGCGGUGCCCCUUCGUCCUGCCCGACAAUGAUGAUCUCAUUCAUGGAGGCAGCCCCAGUUUUAUAUGCACAGGGCUGCUGGAGGACCAUCCAUCAGGUGUUGACCCGAAAGCAGAGUGCUGCGAUGUGCGGUGGGACUUGAAAGUGGACAACCGUUCCCGGGGGACCCUGAAAAGAACUCACCCGCCAUGCCAGCACCGUACCUCCCUCAGCUCCUCGGCAGCCUGCAGACUGUGUAACAGCCGGCUCAAACUCUGCCUGCUGGUCCUCGUCCUCCUACACACUGUUGCCAGCCUCACUGCAUCCCACAAUGCAACAGGACUGGGCCUCCCCGCCAUCACGCCUCUGGAGGAGAGCCCCGCCAACGAGGAGUGAUAGAGCUGCCAGGAGGAGGUGAGGUUGUUGGGGUGGGGGAUUCCCUCACCAUGGCAACCGGUGUGGAAAAAUACAGCCACAGUUGUGCGAACGGCUGGAGCUGUGUGCCUGUGGACAUUCUGCAACGCUUUCUGGCAAAUGGAAAAUGUGGGACGCUUUGAGACGAAAGACACACAAAUCAAUCAAAACAAAUAAAUAAGUAAACAAACAGACACACUGAGGGACUCAACCAGUCCCUUAGAUAGAAAGGGGACAAUGCCACAGCCUUUGUUGAGUGGGAAGGUCGGCUUCCCCAUGGCUGAGUUUCUCUCACUACGCUUUUUUACACUGUGUUCCAAUUAUUGGUUUCUGUUGCACUGGCUGACUAUGGAAUAACACAAUCAUAUUCUCUUUCUAAUGUUCAUCCUUUGUGUUUGUUUCUGGGUCUCUCAUACAGGAAGAAAAUGUGUUCUCUAAAUAAGACAGAUAAUGUGUAAAAAAAAAAAAUUAAUUAGCUGCAAGUUUGUGUGAGAUGGUUUGUGUUUCUAGAUUUACCGUGUGCGUGUGAGUACGUGUGGGCGUGUGUGUGCUUGUAUGCAUGUCUUUAAACGUGUGUGUGUGUGUGUGUGUGUGUGUGUGUGUGUGUGAGAGAGGAGGAGUGUGUGUUGCUGACACGUACCCUAAAAGUCUAGCUAACAGGCUGGUGCAGCGAUGAUGUUUUUAUGGAGCCCCCCCCACACACACACCCCCAGAUGUCACUUAGCUCUGCCAUGCUGGUUUGUUGGCCACUAUCCCAUUUUAACUUCACUGGGUUUUGGAUGUGGUUCUGAUGUCCUUAAUAAGCACUGUGUUUAACACAGGUUUAUUGUCCUACACUUUGCUUUAUGAGAUAAUAUUCGCCUGGUAACACUGUUUUAAAGGAUCAAAACAUUUUAGUAAUUAGCAUCAGUGAAAAGCUAACACCUGGCUAAACUGUGAAACACAUCAGGAUCUAUCCAAAUUUUAUUACAACUAGGGAACUAUUUUCUUGGUUUUGACUGUGAUUCCUUUUACGGCGCUGUACUCACCAUGUUUAUGCUUUCCGGGACGACUGAUAAAAUGAAGUCUGACAGGGGAAGAGACAUAAGCAAUCAGUUUAGACAAACCUAAAACCAACCAAACUUAUGUGGCAGAUAAAAUGAAGACAGUUUUCCUUUGCAAUGACAGAUUUUUACAAACAUUUCAACAUCACUCACUUUCAAUUUGUACGCCAAAUACAAUAUAUUAUAAACAUGCAUUUGAAUAUAUAUCAAAUAUUUCAUCUGACCACUUUUCUUGCUCCAUUAGACUUUGUUGUAACAAUGCUGAUGUGUUGCCAGAUCUCAGCAGUUAGUUUGUUGAGUAAAACCUUGUCAUUAUCAAUAAAAGUGACUGCCAAAACUAUAAAUGUAAGACCCAAGCUGUAUUAAAUCUGAGUGAAUAUUUAAGCUUCAGGCUUAUCACUACAGUGGGGCUGAGCCAAAUGAACGGAAACUGAAUCAGAAUGAUCGUACAAAAUAACUUGACUGUAAAUUUUAGUUAAGUGUUGAAUGAUCAUGCUUUAAAGAUGCUAAACUAAAGCAUUAGGAUCAGCACUCAUCAGGUUGCACUCUGCUGUGCUUUGAAUGAAGAUGAACAAAAGCGGCCCAGUCGCCAAAGGAAAAUUUUUGGCAUUGUACAUUUAUGCAAACCAUGGUUGUAGUGACUAGCUCUAUACUUAGCAGUUGCUAAUUGGCUGAAUUGAUUGGACUUGUUCUCAGAAAACUACUCCCAAUCUUUUUGAAUGCUGUAUAUCAUUAUUGGUUUAUUUUCUCACCACUGAACGUAACUUCCAACAACUUUCAACGCAAACUUCCAAUAAAUACAUACUGUUUGCGCCCUAACAUCAGCAACACCUGUGCUUACUGGGAUGAACUUUAAUACCAUGGCCUGCCUCAGCCAGUGACAUAAGCCACCUAGUGGCGUGGUGGGAUAUUACAUUUCACACAAUUCAAAACAAUGUCUCCAGCAAAGGUUAUGUUACAUGUGGAUGUUAGUUAGUUAUGAUCACAUGCAUAUGAGCUGAUUUGGUCAUCAGGAGGAGGAGGGGAUGGUGGAUUUGACAUUCAGGCAAGACAGCAGCCAAGCAGCGGCCCACUGCAGCCCACUGCCCAACCAUAACUAGUUGUUUUUGUGCCUAUACUUAACCACAUGUUAAUCACAGCAUUGUUGAAAUGUAAAGUUUCAACAUAUCCACUACACACUGUAUGAAAUGUGCAAAUGUCUGUUGUUUGCAUAAAUACACAAUGCCAAUAUUUAUUCUGGUGAUUAGGCUGCCAAAAGACAAGGCAGGACCACCUGGUUAGAUGCCAAAGAAUGUGUAGAAAGCUUUUAUUAGACACUCUAUUAAAAUUUAUGUUGCUGCUGUUAUUUUUUUAACUACUCCCUUUAAAUCAUACUAGUUAAUAAAAUAUUAUACCUGGGUUAACUGUCAGCCAUUAAAGCCUGAAUAAUACCAUGAACAUGUAGCCAGUUGUUAGCAACUACUGCACUGGAAGCUUUAAAAAAGCACAGGUAGGACAAUUUUAUCUCAUAUAACAAAACAUGAAGCUGUGUUAAGCUUGUCUUAACCAAAGAUGUUAUUUCAGGCGUUUUAACAAAACCCAGUCAGAUUGUGGUCACUUCUCAGCAACGUUGCUCUGCAGAGUUAAGUGACAUCAGGGUUAUAGCACUGGAUCAAUGUUAUUCACUGUUGUUCCAGAUGAAGAAGCUUUGUUAUUUUUGAUUUUAAAGGUACUAUCCAGUCAAAAAUUAAUGUCCGCAAUAUAAGAAUGAUGGUUACUGAAAGUUCCUACGUCUCCUCUGCCUCAAAAGCCUUUUCCUAUUCCCUGCAGCUCACCUAUAAAGAUUUUUUUCUAUCACCACUACUUGAAAACACAAACUAAAUUUAACGUUUGCCCCGGAACCAUUACUGAUGCCUAUAUCAGUGGUGUCAUUUUAACCUCAGGCCUUUUUAUUCACACGAAAAAUGAUGACUGGAUGUUACCUUUAAGGACUUUUUAUAAUUGGUAAACUGUAAUUCCCGUGCAGUUAUGAUGAAGAUAAAAUGUCAACGUCUCACUAGGAAAGGUAGCAUGCUACUUCAAGUAGUGUGAGGGAAAAUCCCCUGUCCACUGAUAGGUUUAUUACACUAUAACCCUGCUCCCUGGCCAUACAGUAGGUACAGAAAGACACUCAACAUAUCACCAACACUGAGACGAUUUGUUCAGAUUGAUCACUUUGUUUCUGUUAAAUCGAAAUGUGUAAUCGACUCUCAUGAACUGCAUGUGGAGGCUCUGUGCAAGGUUAUGACGGCCUCUUUUGUUGAUUGUCCUCAGCCCCACUUUGCACCACAUCCGAUCCCAAAUCAGCUCCUGUAGCAUGCCCACUGUCUCGUACUUUUCUCCUCCAAACAUCAAACUAGCGUCUCAUUAAGUAAAGGGCUUAUUAAGAUACACAGUACAAACAUGAUCAUCAAACACAGUCAGACACAUUUAACAACAUGCACAUCCAAAUUGUUAGCAGACAAAGGGUAAAAACAUGGCUCACUUCCUGUUUCUUUUUUAACUGGUAUAAUACCUGCAGUGCAGAGGCAUUCCACUGGCUGCUGCUGGAGAGCAGGAGCAGAAAUCUAGAGAGAGAGAGGAGCGUGUCAUUGUUUGUGUAAGCACUAAUGGCAUAACCUGGUAAUCGUCUAAGUCAGCUGACACUUAUGUUUCUUUUCUAAAUGUUGACCAGCAUGUGAACAGAAAGGAAUGGCGUGACCUUAAGGGCUGACUUCUUCUUUAGUUUCUAGAUUUUAUUUUGUCUCUUCGAUGAACAAGGCUGUGAGAUCAGGUAUUUGAAGACAAACAGAUGUUAUUGAAUGCAUUUUUUCCACUCUCGAGUAUGUUGAUUACAUAAAUGAGAUGUCCAAUCUGAUAUCUGAUGUCAAGAAUUUUAUUAUACAGCUUAUAUGAGGAUUUAAAAUUCAUCAUUAUUCACAUUUUACGGCUAUAUAACCAAUAUAUUGGCUUAUUUUUGACACUUACUCUGUUUAGACCCUGCCCCACUCUAGACAUCACCAUUCCUGCUUGCAUAACUACUCAUUGUCAUUCAGCACAGCACACCCAUGCCCAUCUCGGAUGACCGCAGUCAGUGAUAGAAAAAUGCUGCUAUUCUAUUGGUCACCAGUAGAUGGAGAUAUUUUUAUUCUUUUAUAUUGCUACCGCUGCUGAAGACCUAUCACACAAGGACUGUCAUAUACACAGAGUCAGGAAGGCUGAGCUCAGAGGAUAAAAUGAUGGGCCUGUGGGUAAAAGUGCGCUGUUGUGUGUGUGUGUGUGUGUGUGUGUGUGUGUGUGUGUGUGCAUAUGCAGAAAUGUGUGUUUGUGUCUGUGGCUAAUUGCCGUGUGUUCUCUGGAGAGCUCAUUAGCGUUGCUACGACCUUGGGGCCUGCAGGACAGGUGUGGCAAACCACCACUGUCUUUAGACCCACGGGGACCUGCUACAUUAAUCGUCUCAUUAUUCACUGCAGCCCUAAAGCUGCAUGGACUGUAGUAUGAAACCACUGUACUGUACAAUGUGUAAUAAGUGUGUCAGUGCCCCGAGACCCCCACACAGACUAGGGUAGGGGUAGAUCUAUUUUUUCCACAGCACUUGCCUGCUAGAAUAAUCCCCUUGUCUGAAAUGAGAUGAUGCACAGAAGGUCAGGGAGAAUGAAGUGGACAAUGACCCGAAACUGGUGCCAAAGCAUACCUUGUUCCUGAGUAAAACAAACCCAAUUCAAAUCUAAUAUGACACGCAACAGGAGGAAAACAGGGUCUGUCAGUGUCGGAGAAAUGUGCCAUGUUAGCAAUAUAUGGAUUGCAUCUCAUAAGCCUCACACAACCCUCGCCAUGAACACAUGUAAGGGAUCUCCUCAAGACGUACAUGUGAUUCCAUUCUGCCUAUCAUGUCAGCAGUUGACGCUGUGAUGCCAUCACAAACCAACUGUCGGACAUGUGUUCAUACAAUAAAGUCAUGCAGAGGCUGCUUUACAUGCAGGAAUGCAUCCUCACCGCGGUUGCAUGGGUGCGAAUGCUGUGCAUAUGCGUUGUCCUUCAUGCUGCUUCAGACAUGUCAGCACCAAGGACGGACCUUGUGUGCAAGGUUUCUUCCACAGACAAUAAUAGAAUUAGAUUUGACUGAUGUAAAUCUCUGAUUUGACUUUUGUUGGUAAUGCAGGCAUGCACGCAACAGUUACUCUGCUGUGAUAACUUUUAUUUUCCUGUGUGUUUUGGUUUGUCACUUUUUACUGCAUUAUACUGAGAAGAAAUUGUGUAGGGUCCUAUAGAUUCAGUCUAGAUCCCCGACAAUGGUCUGUAGCAGUCGUAGGGUAUGGUCUGUCACAUUCCAUAAUACACCAACCUACAAAAACUAAUUUUGUGUUUCCCCCCCCUGCACAUAUAGACUAUGUAUGCCUCUUGCCCCCAACCCCCCCUCUCGUGCACCCACCGCCAAAUGGUAUGUACACAAAUAUUGCCCUCUUUCACUCCCUCUCAGCCUCUCUCUGUUUUCACAAUAGUUCCGUUCUCUAUCCUGUGGAUCUAUGCAGAAGCCCAUUCCUUUUUUGGUUGUAAAUACGUUCCUUAGUAUGCUGAACAAUGUAUGUCUUUGCGUCCAGGUUUCCUUGUGUACUUUAAGUUGAUGUCAUGCUGUUACUUUCUUCUUCUUCUUCUAAUUCUUUUUUUUUUUAAAUUUUAUUUCGAGCGUCUGAAAUCAUUGAUGUUAAAAGAGAAUGUGGGGAGGUUUAACCAAUAGACUCGCCCUCAGCUUCGCAACCUUAUUGUGAGAGGUUGUGGUUCUGUGUGUGUGGAAGCGAAAGAUUUAUGAUUAUAGAAAUGAAAAAGGUUCAAAGUCAUAUAGAAGUAUCAUUGCAAUUAUGAUUAUUAUGAUUACUAUUAUACUACCAGUAUAUUGUAAUAUUAUAGAUGCUUUAGUUCAAGUAACUUCUUUAAUUUUUUUACAAACAACUUUGAUGAAAUGAUUUAUAAAACAGUCUCACAAGUCAUGAUCUUUUCGAAAAGUAUGAAAACUACUGCUACAAUGAUUAAAAUUGUGUUCUGA